UUCAAUCUGGAAGGACCAGUAGGUCAAGUUAAUGCUAUGGUUGUUGGCGACAACAUGCUUUUGGCAGGGGCGCAGGAUGGAACUAUUUUGGUCUGGAAAGGCAAUACUGAAACUGAUCCAUUUCAAAAAGUCGCUUGCUUGAAAGGCCACACUAGCCCUGUGGUAUGUUUAUGUAUUGGAAGGGGAAGGCUAUACUCAGGAUCAAUUGCUGGUACAAUAAGGGUUUGGGCCCUUGACACACUGCAGCUUGUUACAUCAUUGAAAGGGCAUAAAGAGGCAGUUACAUCUCUUCUUUGUUGGGAUCAGUUUUUGUUAUCAUGCUCAUUGGAUCGAACUUUAAAAUUCUGGGGUACAUCUGAAAAAGGUGUCUUGGAAGUAUUCUAUACGCACACUGAACAACAGGGUAUACUUUCACUCUGUGGGAUUGCUGAUGUGGAAGACAAACCAAUUUUGUUUUGCUCUUCUAAUGACAACAUUAUCCAUCUAUAUGACUUGCCAUCAUUCACUGAGCGGGGUAAGAUAUUUUCCAAACAUGAAGUUCGUCUAAUCGAGAUUGGGCCAGGAGGCCUCUUUUUCACGGGGGACGGAAGCGGCAAGUUGACCGUCUGGAACCUUUCAUCACUAUUGGGAUUGUAAAGGAGACAUUAGAGAAUUGUAUAGGACAAAGUCCUUGGUUAAAAUUGUUUUGGCUGUACAUAAAAAUUUUGUACCGCACAUGAUCUGUAUAUAUAUAACAAUAAUAAUUGCAAGUUAUUCAUUUAUUUGUGCAUUAGCUUAA